AUGUAAAGCUGGAUAUUUAGUGGCUAUUUUAACGAUUACAGGGAGUCUCUUUAAAUAAACUAAUCGUUUGGUGAUUAGUUACUUACUCUUGUUAAAUCAGAGUAUUUAUCAAUUAAAAACCAAACAGUAUUUGAUUGUGUAACGCAAGUUCUCAAAAGAGCUCUUAACUAAAGAACACAUUUAGAAGUAGAAUUUCUUAAGAAAGCAUUUAGAGAAGUAUCAUUUUUUACCUCUGUCGAGAGAGAAAUGAAUAGCUUUUUUGUAUCUAAGCUUCUAAAACAUUUAUAAUAUAAAUUCAUUGAAGCAAGGACAGAAAUAUUCAAAGCAGGGGAUAAAGGUUAAGACAUGUAUAUCAUCUUAAAAGGAAAAGUUUGGGAGAUGAAUGAAAUCCCAAAUGUAGACGAAUCAGAUCCGAAUAUGGAACCUUUAGAUCCAGAAGUAUUAAAACUGCUACCUGAGGAAGAUUUUUUGCUUCAUUGCUACCCAACUCAUUCUAUUUACAACACGAAAAAAAGUGGAGAUUAUUUUGGAGAGAUUUCACUAAGACAUGGUCACCCCAGAGAAUUCACUACAGUUACUAAGGAGGAUACCCACUUUGCUACUAUAUCAAGAGAACAUUUCAACGACUGUGUGGCACUCUACUUUGCUAAAACGAGAGACGAUUUUUUAAAAUUCUUUUUGACAUUUACUAUAUUCUCGAGCUGGAAGAAGAACGAGAUUGAAGUAGCUAUGCUUAAUUGUGAAAAUAUAAUUUACAAAAAAGAUUCUUUAAUCUACAAAGAAGAUGAUUAAGAUUAAAACAUUUACUUUAUUUACAGCGGUGAAGUGGAAAUAUCUCAUACAUGUGAUAUUUAUGACAAAGAUCCUAAUUCUCUUUACAAUUAAAGAGAAGAUAUACUACUAUAAAAGGAAGAGUUGUUCAAUAAUUCUGAGUUCACUUCUUAAAAUAAACACUUAAAAAUUAAUAAAAUAAUAUCUUCUCUACUUCUUAAGCAUCAGUAAAAUAUAAAAGAAAACCAUAUUCUUGAUAUUAAGAAUGAUAAGAUUCUCAAAAAGGAAGAAUUAUAGAAAGAAGUUUCUCAAAAGCAAAGGCAGGGAAUAAAGCUUUUAUGGUAAACUGUCAGAAUUCCUAUUUCAAUAUUAGGAAAAGGAGAGUCUUUUGGAGAAGAGGAAGUUUUUUAAGGUAAAGUUCGAUGCACUUAAGCUAGGGUUGUUUCAGCAGAAGCACAAAUUAUAUCUAUGCCCUUAGAAGAGUUCAAAAAGAUGAUGAUCAAGAGAAAGAGAAAUUACCAAGAAUACACUGAAUAUUAUAUAAAAAAUAUUAUCCAUAAUAAAGUUUUAAACAGAUAGAAAUAACUGGCAGAUUCUUUAAAAAUUAAGUAGCUAUACUUAUAGUAUGAACAUAAUAAUUAUAUUAGUGAUGCAAACAGUGAGAAAAAAAAGAAAAAGAAAAAAGCAAAAUAGAUCAGUCAAUAAUAAAGACCUGUGAGUGCAGCAGCUUAAUCACAGUCAAUUAAAAGAGAUAGAAAAUAAUCUGUUCCAAUUUAAAUCUCAAAUUAAGAUAAGCUAUUUAACAGCACUGGAGAUGGAUUCUUUUUUACUACCCCUUCUAGUCCAUCAAUAAAAAAAUAAAAUACAAUCUAUUAAUUUUAAUCAUCUCCAUAAAAUACUAGAGAAAACACAAUCGAAGCAAAUCCUUAAAGUCAAAACUCUAAAAGUAUCAUAGAGAAUGUUUACACUCAAAAAAUAUUUUCGUUUCAACAAAAUAACUAAUCAAGAGCCAAAAGUGCUGAAAAUAAUUCAAGAAUUAAAAAUAGAAUACUUACAACAAACAAUUCUAAAGAAAAUAGUCUUGAAAAGAUUAAAGUAUAGCCUAUGCUAAAUGAAUCCCUUUCUGUAGAAAAGAAAAUUUUAAAUAUUCCAAGAAGAAAUAGUAUUAAGAAGAACUCUGCAAAAUCCCUUUUAAAUGAAAUAUAAAUCAUAGACUAAAGCAGUUUAAAAGAUCCUUAAUCAGAUUCCCUUGAAAAAAAUCAAUACUAAUAUAGGAAUAGGCAAAAUUUAACUUCUUUUAAUUUCUUUUACAAUAAAGUAGCAGAUUUUCAUAGUGGUUAAGAAGAUUAAUGUACUUCAACAACUCAUUCAAAAACUAUUGGAAGUACUUUUUAUUAUCACAGUAAUCAGACUUCUCCUGGAAGCAGAACCUUAAAAAAUAGAAGCAAAUUAAAUUCUAGUGUGACGACAGAUAAAAAUUCAGUGAAUACCGGCCUAAAUCAUUAAAGCAAUAAGAAUACUAGUGUUAGCAAUAAAAAUUAGAGGAGUAAAAAAUUAAUUUAAGUUAAGGAUAUAAUAAGGCCUGGAUAAGAUAAAGGCAUGAAGGAUACAGUUAAUACGAAAGAAGGUGGGUGCUCUAAUUCAAUGAAAAGGCAAACAAUAUCUUCAAGAAAUUCUGUUUCAUAAAAUUCAAACAGAAGUUCUCUAUAAAACUCAUUAAAGGUAUAAUUUUGUUAAAAAAAAGAUAUAUUUGAAACAGUAAGAAACGAAAAUGAAAAUGAAAAAGAUGAAAUUAAAUUAAAUUAAAAUAUUAAUCCUAAGCACGAGGCUUUAUAUGGCGGUGAAAGUAAGAAUUUAGGGAUUAAAAGAACUUAUUAUAAUUCUGAUAUUCUUCAAGAGGUAGAAGAAAAUAAAAAACCAGUUGACAUAAAUAGUCCUAUAAUUGAUAUAUAGAAAAGCUUGAUAUAAGAAAGACAGAGAAAGCUUCAAGAUAGAUAAUAUAUUUAGGAAAAAUAUAAAUUCUUGCCAAUUUAAUAAAAUGCUGAUAAAACUAUUAUUAAAAAGAGUGAUAUUAAUGAUAUAGGAGUAGAUUAAAAUAAUAAACGAAUACCUUUUAAUGCAGCCAAGUUUUACAUGAGAAAGGAAGAAAAGAACAAAUAUUUCAAUUAAUUUCAAUUAAAUAAUUAAAAUGGUCACUCUAAAAAAAAUUUAGACAUGUAUAAUACAAAUAAUCCAAGCAGCUGCACAAAUAAACAAAAGCUAAACCUUCUUUAAAAGCAAAAUGAAUAAUAUUAAAAUAUGAUCAAUACUUUCUUGAAAUAUAAUAAAACUUCAAUUUAAGAUGAAAUAAGUCUUAUUAAAAAUUGUAUUAUUUAAUACAAUGUUGAUACUAGAGUGCCACUGCCACCUAACAAGCAGUGA